AUGUCAAAUCAUACAUACAUGGAUGGUACUUGGGAAGUAAUAAAAUGUGAAUCUGCCAAUGGCUCACUUUCAGUGGCUGCUGGAAACUAUGACAAGCUAUUGAAAUGUAUGGAAGGUGUUAGGGUACGAUUGGAUGAUAAUGGAGAUGUAACUUGGACUGCUCCUGAAGAACUGAAAUCUGUACCAUUGUUCACCUGUGAGACUUAUGAACUUCACAGUACCUGUGGAAGAUCUGGAUUGGUUUUACGCUUUGGUGCAUAUGCUGGGCAUGUUUUUGAAUUCAGACCUGAGAAAUGGUCAAAGGAGAAUGUAACUCUAACUUGUGAAGGUUUUUGCACUUUGCAUUGCAUCAAAGUCAAAGAUGAAUCCUCAGAAGUUGAUUAUAGCGCACCUUUUACAUUACUACCGGCUUUGGAGGACGGAUAUUUCUCUGACGUUAUCAUAAUGUCUUCAAAUAGAAAACAAUUCAAAGUACACUCUACGAUAUUAGAGCUACAAGGUGAUGACAUAGAUUGGAUGUCGGAUCCUCCGCCCUUCAACGGUCUACCAGAAGAAGUUUUGGGGACUAUUUUACAUUUUCUGUACGCCGAAUGCCUACCUGACAAUUUGACAGAGGAAACUGCUAGACAGGUUAUUUCUGCGGCAUCACCAUAUGAAUCUCUGUCAAAAUUGGUCAGUAAUUGCCAGCUGUAUUUGAAGAACAUGGCAUUGAAACAGCAAAUAAUUGGCAUUGUGGGUGAUAUGCACAAUUGCAUAAACCAAUUAAUUGAAAGAUUCAAUACAAGAAGUAAUCCACCAGGAGACAGUAUAUCUGGAAGUCCAGCAAAGCUAUGUUUUGUGGUGAAACAGUCCAUAAGAGAUGCUGCAGUGGUGUCUGCGAAAUUGAUAUUGCUCUGUGACCUUUUCACGAAACGGAAAGGUGAGUUGACUAGACACGAAAGACACGAGAUCAUCAGAUACGCCAAAUCGAGACUUCCGGUGUUCAUAAUGCAGCUCACCAAAUUUCUGCAGGCGUUGAAAAGCACGUUCAGUUCAAUGUCUUCCGCACAGAGGAUGGAGAUCGCCUCGUUUUUGGUGCCAGAGAUUGAAGUUAUUUUAGACACGAUAUCUAUGUUGAUAGUCCAUGUGGAAAAAACUCUACAGCAGAUAAUUCAGGGCCUGUUUACUCCAGAUUCCACUAAAUGUAAGAGUAAUGUGGGUGAUAUGAUAUCAAAAACCAUUAGGAAUAUUUUGCAUAUCAGGGAAUUGACUAAAUUGAAUACCCUGCAUGAACACAUUACCUUCAGUCUGGGAUUAUUAGUUCAUAAAAAAGAAAACUUCAUUCAGAUGUCCUCCUCACAGAAAAUUCGAUCUAUUGCGAGAAAUCUGGAGCAGCUUAUUGAAGAACUUCCUAUAUUCUUGAUCAAAUUGGAGGAGACAGCUUCUGUUUUUGAUGACAGGUUAGGAUGGAGAGACUUUAAGUUCUGCUUCAAAGUUGGUACCAGUAAAAUAUCAGAUGUCCUCCAAAAAUUAUUAAUUCAUGUCGAUGAUUUGCAAGACGUGAUGCUGCAGUUGUGUGAAUUGGUCCGCAGAGACGAAUUCACGCAAACCUUGCAGUGUUUGGGCUUGUUGAAUGCCACGGGCACUGCAUCAGAUAUCAACAGUUCUCCGAAUGUGAACGGAAGUCCUACAUUCUCACCUCCGAAACAUCAGACAUUCAAGCUGAACCUGGUGAAGUCCUUGUGUGUACCCGCCGACGCCAACAAAAGCGUGUUGUCGCAACACUGCGCAGGACUGUUGGCGAGCGGUGCCAAGGCCGACAUGGAAUUCGAGGUGGUCGACACCAACGAGGCGCAGCGAUCGGACGGCGCGGCCGAGGCGGUGCAAGACGUCGAGGAGGAGAAAUGCGUCGUCAAAGCGCAUCGGGUUAUUGUGGCCGCUAGGUGCGAUUGGUUCCGGAGGGCGCUGUUGUCCGGCAUGAGGGAGGCUAUCGACAGAAAAAUCGUUGUCCACGAUACCAGCCCCCACUUGUUCAAAAUCCUCUUGGAGUACCUGUACAGCGGCAGGCUGGAUCGCAACACCCUGUCCACCGAACAAUUGGUGGAGUUGCUUCUGCUCGGCGACAGAUACGAAAUGGAUUCGCUGAAGCAAACUUGCGAAUAUAUGCUGGUGCGCAGCAUCGAUUCCGAAGUGGUGCUGUAUUUGUUGAGCGUGGCCGAUCAGUACAAUGCGAGGAUAUUGAAGAGCCGUUGUUUGAGCUUCAUAUCCCGACACCACGAGCUCACCGAAAGCGAAGAAUUCAUCGAUCUUCCCAUCACCCUGCAAGCCCAAAUCUUCAACGACUACAUCUGGGGCCAACCCACCGGCAGUGCUUUAGAUUUCGAUUUCAGCUUGGAGCAUCUGCUGCCGACGUCUUCCGAUACCAGUCCCGGCGUGAAUGAGGUGUCCAGAGGGUUGGAAUCGAUGCUGCUGGUGCCUGAUCCGGAUCAGUCUAAUAGUUCUCUAGACGAUUUCCAUCAUGCCGACCAAACCUCCUCUCGAAUGGACAACUGUAUAUCCCAACUCAGGGAUAUCGUUGGUGAGACUGCUUCUCGAAAUCUGCUCGUACAAGUCAUUUUGGCGGCGGACUUCGACUUGAGAAGGGCCGUCAAUUAUUAUUACGCACGCACCAACGAAGAUGAGUAG